AUGUCAAUUUGUCUACAAUCGUUUGUAUUUGUGAUGGCGAAAAGAGUGCUCGUACUAUUUUAAUCAAUUUAUACGAUUUAAUAAAGUAUUUACGUACAUAUGAAUGAAUGGUCAAAUAUACAUUUCAAAAUUUGUAACAGAGAACCGCUAUUAUUUUUUAUAAAUUGAUUGAUUGCAGGCAAAAUUAAGGCAAUAGUUGCUGCAAUCAUGCCGAUAACUAAGCGUAAACAUUCACCUGAAAAGGAGGAAUUAAUUGAAAAUGGUGACAAUCUAACCGAGGGGCGCAGUAAUAUCAAGGGAGAUGAAUUCAAUAUAGCUGUGUUAUUAUUCCUUUACACCCUGCAGGGUAUACCGCUCGGUCUUGCAGGAGCUGUACCCAUGCUCCUUCAAAAUCGUGGCAUAACAUAUACUCAACAAGCGGAAUUCAGUUUUGUCAACUGGCCGUUCAGUGUAAAGUUACUAUGGGCGCCUAUUGUAGAUGCUCUAUUCUGGCCGCAAUUUGGUCGAAGAAAAACUUGGCUGGUACCUGUGCAAUACCUGAUUGGUAUUGUGAUGAUCAUCAUGUCGUAUAGUGUCACUGAUUGGCUCGGUUCCGAUGAUGUGCCACCUUCAAUGACUAUUCUGACCAUGUCCUUCCUUUUCCUGAACUUCUUGGCUGCUACACAAGAUAUUGCUGUGGAUGGAUGGGCUCUUACCAUGCUUAAAAGAUGCAAUGUCGGCCAUGCCUCAACCUGUAAUACUGUCGGUCAGACAGCUGGCUUCUUUCUCGGAUACGUAAUGUUCCUGGCUCUGGAAUCUCCUUACUUCUGCAACAAGUACUUGUACUAUGAGCCCCAAGACGAAGGACUUGUGACACUGGCUAGUUUCCUUCUCUUCUGGGGAUGGGUGUUCAUUGUUACUACUACGUUGAUAGCGGUGUUCAAACAUGAGGCUAAUGAUGCUCCGAACACAAAGGAGAAUGACGUGAAGGGACUAAGUGAUGUUGUUACGGCUUACAAACAGUUGUAUACGAUUAUGAAGCUACCUGCAGUACGUACGCUGGCUCUGGUGUUGUUCACGGCGAAGCUCGGAUUCUGUGCCAGUGAUGCCGUGUCUGGGUUAAAACUUGUCGAAGCUGGAGUUCCGAGGGAAGACUUAGCUCUACUUGCAGUUCCAUUAGUUCCAGUACAAAUCAUAAUGCCAGUGCUGUUAGCAAAGCACACAACAGGUCGUGAGCCGCUGUCGCUGUGGCUCCGCGCGUUCCCGCUGCGACUACUGGUGGGGCCACUGGCCGCGGCGCUCGUGGCCAUCACUCCCACGCUACUGCAAAAUGCACCCCCCUCUUACUCGUAUCUAUUCAUUUUGAUGAUGCUCUACAUAUUCCAUCAGACAUGUCUCUACUGCAUGUUCGUGGCUGUGAUGGCGUUCUUUGCUAAAGUAUCAGACCCAGCAGUCGGUGGGACCUACAUGACCUUCCUCAACACAAUGUCGAACCUGGGAACUAAUUGGCCUAACACCCUCGCUCUAUGGGCCAUAGACCACCUCACUUUUAAGGAAUGCUCAUAUUCCGGGCUCACUGAUAACACAUGUUCUUCUGAUGGCGAGGAGACUGAAUGUAAGUCAUUCGGCGGUACAUGCAACGUGCGAAUAGAUGGAUACUACAUAGAAACAGUACUAUGUUUAGUCGUCGGCUUCGUUUGGCUCAUGUGGGGCAAGCCAACCAUCAACAAGCUCCAGCGACUGCCCGCCUCAGCCUGGCAAAUCAGCCGAUUUAACAGAUAAGACUGAAUCUCGUUAAUUCCCCAUUUAAUAUAAUAAUAUUAUGUAUAUAUUGUACAGGUUUUCAGAGAAAAUGUCUUCUGAUUACUCAUACAGUACCUUUUCCUCAGAAAGUUACCUUAACUCAUAUUCCAGAGGAAAUAAUUAGUCAUUACCUAUGAAAUUGCCAUAAACGCUUAGCGAUUCAUGACGUAACUGUUUCGUUUCAGCAACUUUAAAAUCUUAUUGGUUAUGCCUACCAGGGUCCUUAAUUCCUUUGAGACAUUCAAGGUCGAUAUAUUUUUUCUUCAGUAGUUUAGAAAGUUCUGCCGAUAAAUUGAAGCUUAUGCUUUGGAUUAUAAGGAUCAAUUUAAUGCGUCAAGUCAUAGUGCCUAUGUGUGCCUAAGUCACAGUUACAUCAUUCUAUUGUUUGAUAAACUGUAAUUUCAUAGAUAAAGACCUAAUUAAACCUCGUUAUUUAAACAUGCUCAGAUUCAAAGAAUAAUUAAUUAUAUUUAAUUAGUUUCUAUAGUGAUAAAAGUAUCAUCCUUCACUGUUUAUUUAAAUAUUUUAAAGUAUUAUUUGUUCCAGCCAACAGCACAAUUUAUUCCAAGUGAUUUCACAAAUUUGUUUUUAUAUGCGGUCUGUUGAGCAGAGUGCUAUUAUGUUAUUUCUUCUAAGGUUGCGAUUAGUUAUUAACACUUCUUAUGAUUAUUUUUAACUUUUUAGUCUUUGCUAUCUUAUUUAUUAGUGCUCUAUUUUUCUAGUGUUUCUAUAUAUUAUAAUAUGUUUUUAUUAUUUGGUUGUUAUUCUAUUGUUCUUCAACUGUUUUCAAAAACAUUAUCUAUCUUUCCAAACAGCCCUACUGGUGCUUUCUUGCCAGAAAAGACGCGUCUUCUUACCAUUUUCAUACUACCCUACAUUUAAAACAAUAAAAGACUAAAUUUUCGUACUAAAAAAGCGGAGUUGAUGAAGUAGCCCCAUUCUAUAAUAUUAUGUAUAUUUUAAUAACUAUGUAUUUGUAACUUUAUAAAGAGUGCAAUUAGUAAAAUAAAAUGAUUCCAAUAUUUGUGACAGUCUUGUAUAAUUUUUAUAUAAACGUCAAUGACGUAUAUAGGUAGCUGUUAAGUAGUUUAAAUUAGAAUGAGGGCUUUUGUGGUGCUGGAGGCGCUAGUGUAGUUUAAAGUCUGUAAACCAAUGGAAUAUUCGCUAAUGUAAAAUCAUUAACCAUUUAAAAUAGUAACAGCUACACUGAUUGGAAGGGGCUUGGAACACUAGUGCCAUCUCGUGAUCGCCAAGUGAAAACCCUCAUCCAGAUCGUUUUAGUGAAUAUUAUUUAGUUAUUAUAUUAUGUUGAAUGUCUUUAGUUUAAAAAUUGUUAUCUAAUAUAUUGUAACGUCCAUUUCAUAACGAAGGUAUUAAUUUAAAACGUACACCAUCAUGUAUUUUGUCGACAGUACAAAUGAUUGUUCUCACAAUUAACUGUAUAUAUUUUUAUUUGUAUGUAUGUGAUAACUUAUGUAAAUAAAUACGAAGUACAGGGAGCAAAGGAAAAACAGUAAUGACGUAUUAUUAUAGUUUCUUUAUGUACACAUCAACACUUAAAAUAUACAAUCUUUAUAACAAUGGUACUAUAGUUCAUUUCUAUCUAUGUAAUUUGCGCCAUAAUUAUUAUAUAAUAAAUCCAUACAUGUGAUGAAUAGAUAUACAAGAGUAGGUACACUUUGUGCUAACUUGCAACUGUCAUUAUAUCAUCUAAAAUGUAAUAUAUUUUAUCAAACAUAACCAAGCAUUUGGAAGAAACAUUUCUAAAUAGUAACUAUGUGAUAGAACUGAAUUUAUUCCAUUAGGCAUACAACAUUUUGUGCACUCAUACAUUACAAUAAAGCAUCUUAUACUGCAAAGAGAUCUGGAUUAACAAUCACAAAUAUUUACUUUCACUUUACAUAACAUAAGGACUCUAUUUCAGUAAGACACAACAGUCGCCCUACUAGUCGUACAACCAUGUUCUAUACAGCUAACAAGCGGGAAUCACCGAAACAAACUUUAGGGAUGAUUUUAUCGCCCACAACAACUUGAUUGCGCAACUAAGUUGACACCGAUACCCUCCAUAGAACUGUUGGUAGCGUGAUUGGUCGUAGUACAUGGUGUCUUAAUGAAAUAGUUCCCCGAAUGAUUAGGUAGAGGUCACUUUACCUCAUUGUCCAAAAUCAAAUAAUAGAACUAUUUACCACUCAUAAUACGAAGUUACACACAUUUUGUAAUACAUUCAAACAAGUAAAAAAGCUAUUAGAACCUAUGCAGACGAGAGACUAUUCACAGGGUAAAACGUUUUUGUCAAUAUAAAUCCCCUGUCAAUAUUAUCGAAUAACUCUUAACUCGUUGAGUACCGUCAUUAUAGACACAAUUAAAGAACCGUAGGUUGUGGUCACCGGUGUCCUCGCGGUGUUUGACAGUUUAAAGAGGACUAUAGACCGAAAUUAUAUUAGUUGCAGUUAUAGAUCCAGAAAUUUUGGAUGAGAAUCAGUGAUUAAUUUCAGUUGUAAAACUACCCAGUGUUUCAGUUAAGAUGUUAAGUUCUAAGUGGGUGUUUUUGCUAUCCUCAAUAGAUUUGCACUCGGCAACAGGCACACAGUCUCUCGUCUGCACAAACCCAUAAUGUUCUCGACAAUUUCAAUAUAAUUGUGUUGUCGCAGCAUUUUGCCUUUAUACAUUAAUUGACCCUGUAAUGUUUAAGUUGACAUCAAUAUGGCACUAUGAAAUGAAUUUUGUUUGACAAUAAAAAUUGAAAUUGGUA